CAUCCUUACAUCUUAUCUCCAACAACCGCACAGGGGGGCGCGCACCUUGAUAUUAUCUCCACUUGCUUCCAUCCUCUCUACCUUUACCAGCCUUGCCGUGCGUGGGAGCUGCACAGGGGGGGACGGCGGAACGACCAGCAGUACCAUUGCUCUUUCACCAAUUUGGACAAGAUCAAAUCCGGUGGUGUUGAGUUUCCUAUUCCUUCGAUCCGCAAGAUCAUGGCAGAAUUGUUGCUUCUCCCUCUAGUGCGAAGUGUAGCCGGCAAAGCUGCAGACGCACUUGUCGAGACCGUGACCCGCAUGUGUGGCCUCGACAACGACCGUCGAACACUGGAGCGCCAACUGCUAGCCAUCGAGUGCAAGCUGGCCAAUGCAGAGGAGAGGAGCGAGACAAACAACUAUGUCAAGAGUUGGAUGAAGGAGCUCAAGUCCGUCGCCUACGAGGCCAACGACGUGCUCGACGACUUCCAGUACGAGGCACUGCGCCGCCAGUCUAAAAUUGGCAUGUCCAAUUCCCGCAAGGUACUCGGCUACUUCAUGCACCACAGACCGCUGCUAUUCCGUUUUGAAAUGAGCAAGAAACUCAAGAGCGUCCUCGAGAAGAUCAAUAAGUUGGUUGAGGAGAUGAACAAGUUUGGCCUGGAGAAUUAUGUCCGUAGGGAGAAGGAGGAACAUCCUUGGCGGCAGACGCACUCAAAACAGGACGAGACUACCCAGAUCUUUGGAAGAGAUGAUGAUAAGGAGGUGGUGGUGAAGUUGCUGCUGGACCAGCAAGAUCAGCGGAGAGUGCAGGUGCUGCCAAUCAUUGGGAUGGGAGGUCUUGGCAAGACGACUCUUGCUAAGAUGGUCUAUAAUGACCAAUGGGUCCAGCAACAUUUCCAGUUGAAGAUGUGGCACUGCGUGUCCGACAACUUUGAUGCCAGCGCUCUUUUGAAAUCCAUAAUUGAGUUGGCUGUAAGUAGAAGACGUGACAUGCCUGACGCGAUUGAGCUAUUGCAAAAACAACUUGAGGAAGUCAUUGGCGAAAAAAGGUUUAUGCUCGUGCUUGAUGAUGUGUGGAAUGAAGAUGAGAGGAGGUGGGAGAAUGUCCUGAAGCCUCUUUUGUGUUCUAUUGGUGGACCAGGAAGCAUAAUUGUUGUCACAACUCGAAGCCAGAAAGUGGCCUCUAUAAUGCAGACACUUGAACCCCAUAAGCUAUCAUGUCUUAGUGAACAAGAUUCAUGGGAAUUGUUUGCACAGAAAGCAUAUAGCAACGGUGUUGACCGGGAGCAAGCAGAGCUAGUCACCAUCGGAAGGCGUAUUGUCAAUAAAUGCAGGGGGUUGCCUCUUGCUCUCAAGACAAUGGGUGGAUUACUGAGUUCAAAGCAAAAGGUACAGGAGUGGAAGGCCAUCGAAGGAAGUAAUAUUGGGGAUAAUGAUGGAGGCAAACAAGAGGUCAUGCCCAUACUAAAGUUAAGCUAUAAACACCUGUCAUCUGAAAUGAAGCAAUGUUUUGCAUUCUGUGCGGUUUUUCCCAAGGAUUAUCAGAUGGAGAAGGAUAAGUUGAUCCAACUAUGGAUGGCAAAUGGCUUUAUUCAAGAAGAGGGAACAAUUGAUUUAAAACAGAAAGGAGAAUUCAUUUUCAAUGAGUUGGUUUGGAGGUCCUUCCUCCAAGAUAAGAAAGUGGAGUUCAAAUAUGUUUAUGGUACCACAGAAUAUGAGAUAAUAGUAUGUAAAAUGCAUGACUUAAUGCAUGAUCUAGCAAAAGUUGUCACGAAUGAAUGUGCAAGUAUAGAAGAACUAACUCAGAAGAAAGCAUUGUUAAAAGAUGUUUGUCACAUGCAAAUCUCAAAGGCUGAAUUGGAACAAAUCAGUGGGUUAUGCAAAGGCAGAACAAACCUUCGCACUUUCUUAGCUCCUGCAGAAUCACACAAGGAUUUUAAAGAGUAUCUACUGGUAUUGGCAUCACUGAGAGCAUUGCGUUGCUCCCCUUCUUCAGUAACAAAUUGCAAGGCCACAAAUGCAAAACAUCUACGAUAUCUUGACCUCUCUUGGUCUAACAUCACUAAGUUGCCAGAGUCAAUAUGUGUGUUGUAUAACUUGCAAACAUUGAGGCUCAUAGGUUGCGAUAGACUGCGGUGGUUACCAAAAGACAUGGUAAGACUGAGAAAACUCAUCCAUCUUCAUCUUUCUAGCUGUGGUCGUCUUGAAAGUAUGUCUCCGAACUUUGGACUACUGAACAACCUUCAUAUAUUAACAACAUUUGUUGUGGGUACUGGAGAUGGCCUUGGAAUAGAACAGCUCAAAGACUUGCAAAACCUUAGCAAUAGGUUGGAAUUGUUGAAUUUGAACAAGAUAAAGAGUGGGGAGAAUGCAAAAGAAGCCAAUCUCAGCCAGAAGCAAAAUCUAAGCGAGUUGUUGUUCUCUUGGCACCAAGAAAUAGAUGAUGAGCCUAGAGAUGUGGAAGAAGUGCUUGAGUGCUUAGAACCUCCUAGUAAUAUCCAAAAGUUGGAGAUACGUGGAUAUGGUGGCCUAGAAAUGUCACAAUGGAUGAGAAAGCCUCAGAUGUUUGACUGCUUGAGAGAACUCAAAAUUUCCAACUGCCCAAGAUGCAAGAGUAUACCUAUAGUAUGGUUCUCGACCUCUCUAGAGAUUUUGUUCUUACAAAAGAUGGAUAACCUGAUUACAUUAUGUAAUAGCCUUGACAUGGAAGCUGGAGAACGUGUUACCCCUCAGCAAAUUUUCCCCAAGUUGAAGAAAAUGAGGUUGAUUGAGUUACCAAGCCUGGAGAUAUGGGCAGAAAAUAGUGUACGGGAGCCUCAGCUGUUCAACUGUCUGGAAGAACUCGAAAUGUCCGACUGCCCAAGAUGCAAGAGUAUACCUCCCGUGUGGUUUUCGGUCUCUCUGGAGAUUUUGUCCUUACGGAAUAUGGAUAACCUGACCACAUUAUGUAAUAACCUUGAUGUGGAAGUUGGAGGACACUUUACCCCUCUGCAAAUUUUCCCAAGGUUGAAGAAGAUGAGGUUGAUUGACUUACCAAGCCUAGAGAUGUGUGCAGAAAAUAGUGUGGGACAGCCUAGUGAUUUCUUGGUAGUGUUCCCUAUGCUUAAAAAGUUAAGGAUCAAAAACUGCCCCAAGCUUGCAAGUAUUCCAGUGAUCCCCAUGAUCAACAAAUUGAGAAUAGUUGAAGUUCACAGUGGUGCAAUCAGUUUAGUUUUUAUGUGCAUCCGAUCGGGCUUUUGGCCAUUUCUCACCAAAUUAACUCUUGGGUCGUCUCCAGAAGACAUACCCAUGUUGUCUAUAGACGCCCAGCAAAGCCAAAGUCAAAGACCUCUUGAAAAACUGACAUAUUUGUAUCUGGAAGGCUUCAACAGCUUGGUCAGAAGCUCUGAAUUGUCCAGGUCACAACUUACGGUUUGGAAAUGCUUUUCGUUCGUGGAAGAGCUAAGGAUUUACAGUUGCUUCAAUCUUGUCCGCUGGCCAUCAGAGGAGCUCCGGUGCUUGGUUCGCCUCCGCUUUCUGGAUAUCACAAGUUGUGACAGCCUGGAGGGGAGCACUUCAUCGUCUGAGGAGGAAACCCUUCCGCUGUCCCUGGAGGAAUUCUUGAUUGAAUACUGCGGCAGAAUGGUAGCACUGCCUUCGAACAUUGGAAAACUUGCCAAGCUGAGGAGACUCUAUGUGAAUUGGUGCAGUAGACUGAAAGCGCUGCCUGAUGGGAUGUGCGGCCUCACUUCUCUUAGGACAUUGACGAUUGGGGCUUGUGCCGUGGAGGAAUUCCCGCAUGGCCUCCUGGAGCGCUUGCCAGCCCUCGAAUACUUGAGCAUAGAUAGCUGUCCGGAGUUGGAAAGGCGAUGCAUAGAAGGUGGGGAAUAUUUCCACUUGCUAUCCUCUGUCCCAAGUAAGUGGAUCCGCCAAUGACGACGUCAUGAAAAUCCAGAAUACUGUAGCGGCGAAG